CUUGGCGUUUUCAUAAUUGCUGUUGCGUUCUUAGGCCUAUUCGGAGCACUUCGGGCGAAUGCAAAUGUUCUCCUUGCGUACGCGAUUAUUGUCCUGCUUAUGGGUUUCGCAACACUUGGCUUUUUGAUAUUUGCCUUCGUCGAACAUACUUUCAUUCACGCUUUUGUUGGAGAUGCCGUUAAUGCCGCUAUUAAAGAAGGUGAAUCAAAGUAUGGAAGUAGUAAAAAGUGGGCUGCUAUCAUUGACUGGUUGGAGGCCACGGACUGCGCUAGAGCUGUCGCGGAUGCCGUUGAGGACGAAUUGAUAACAAUUGGAGGAUGUCUUCUUGGCAUCACGCUCCUAAGUUUCUUAACGUCCGCUUUGGCCUUUGUGCUAGCGCGCAAAAUAAAAGUCUACGAUAAACUGUAA